CUUUUGUCAAAUCCUCGUGCGCCCAGCAAGGCCACCCGUCCGAAAAUUCACGAAACUAGAAUCAGCAUUUAUUGCGAUAUGAAAGAGAUAAGAAAUUUGUUACAAUGAAUUUCAUUUAACUCAAAUAUUCGGUUUUUGUUUUCCACGCCUUUAUAAUUUAUCUACGAAGAGAUGAAAUGAGGGCUUUUAAUUAAAUUUAUCACCCGUUUGUGUUACCUCUUUCGGUCGGUUGCACGCGCAGCAUCGACGGCGCCAGCAGUUUACCAAGUCAGCAUAGUGAUGACGUCACACAUUUGUUAAGGAGCCAAUCAUGUAAUUAAUCUGGCUAUCUAAUUAUGGCACUAAAUUAUGACCACAGCGAGGGAGAAUAUUUCUCUCGCCAAACUGGUGCCCUAGUCAUUCCUAUCUUGAGUCACUCGCUUGAACACAACGGCGCGAGCGUAAUAUGGACUGCUUUUACCAAGCAAAUCAGAGAAUUCGUCCACCCCCGUACUUCAACACUUCACCGAUCAUGUAUGGUUAUGGUGUUCCUUCUUACUAUUCUCCGCCGUUUUGUCCUCUAAAUCGCAACUCUCAGGUCCACAGGCCGCCAAUAAUAUCUACGAGCCCUCCUCUUAGCAUUGCAAAUUCAGUGACAAACUCUGAAAGCAGCACCAGUCCUCUUUCGGUCGGCUCUCAAACUCCGCCUGAGUCACCCGGCGAAAAUUCUACAGAUACACAAGAAUCAUCUGAAAUUCACGACGAAGUUUGCCAAUCAGCCAAAGAUGCCAGCGAAUCAGAAGAGAAAACAGACGGUGAAGACGACAAAGAUGUGCCCUGGCAUUAUAAACAACCUUUCAAGCAUCGCCGACGCGUGGCCUACAAGAGAAAUCAAAUUCUGGAAUUAGAAAAAGAAUUUCACUUCACGAGGUAUCUUACGAAGGAGAGACGUUCAGAAAUGGCCACGAUGUUGCAGCUCUCUGAAAGACAAAUCAAAAUUUGGUUUCAAAAUCGACGUAUGAAAUGGAAAAAGGACAACAAACCAGUGAUUCCUACAAGCAGAGGAAUGCGGCGAGGAUGUACAAGAUAGGCGAGCUACACACGUUUAUAGAUAAUCAAUUAUAAUUUGUUGUAAUCCUUUUUCUGUAGACUUGAAGGUGUAUAAAAAUUUCUUUUCCUAUACGUCGGACAAAUGGGGCGUUAGACAGCCAUCGAAGUGUUACAAUUUGCGGCGAAAGGUUUAUCCUGUCACAUUUGCAAUCUUUGUCUCUCUUUGUCUGCAUGCUUAACAUAACCUAACCUCGACCUUCUUCACAAGUUCUUCACGACCAAACAAGCACUGAAAGAUUGUACAGUUGUAAAUUAUUGCAAAACAUAAAAACUGGUUCAGGAAUUCACUCAGACAGCGAUGGGUUACAAAUGAGGUGUUAAGCCGAUUCGUCUAAACAGAGACGCGAAGGCACUUCCACUUCGUCCCUUCGAACGUUUUGUUUCUCGACAAACAAUCUUUCCGAUUCAUGGAAUCUUCAAAGAAUAUUCAACUUAGUAUCCUUGGUUUUUAUCUUACAAUACAAUAUUCUUAAUUCUUAAUUCAAUUAUUAAUCAUAUUCGUCGUUUUAUCCAAUGUCGGCGUGCAAGGCGGCAUUUUAGUCAAGGAAAGUUCUGUUAAAUUUCUCAUAACUUUACUCUUUAGUGAGAUUAAGAUCUCCAGUGGUUAAAAACGCUUUUCAAACGCAAAACUCCAUUCAUCGAGAUUUCUUUCACUUGUAAGUAUAUAUUUAAGAGGUUUUGUGAAAGAGCGUUUUCAUUGUCACAAUAAAUUUAUGAUCGCAAAAGUCUGGCUUCAGUAGUGUACUUUACUCGCGGCGCGGAGUUUUAGUGGAAGUACACUCGAGUGGGAUAAUAUGAUGUGCUUCCUGUUUGUAAAGCGUUCUUUAAACUUGGCAAAUGCAAACGUGGCACUGAUGAAAUUCACUAUCUUGCUGGGCGGGUUGUGGUCUUCUCUUUGUAUUCAUUUGGAAGCAGACGGAAAAUUACAAUAGAAUCUUCGUCA